AUUCAAACUGGUUCCGAAAGCAGAGUGGAGCUCAGAGCUCAGGCUGCACCGAGAAGGGAGGUACAGACCGUACUGCACGGCCUUUUAUAUUUCGUAUGAGCACAACACCUUGAUUUGUGAAGAUGUGGACGGCUUUAGGGAAACUGCUGCUUUUACAUACGAUACUCGUGGGGUUUCUGCUGGUAAACGGAAAUAAACCGGACUGUGAAAGCGGUCAGUUUCAAUGCAGGAACGGCAGGUGUAUCCCGACUCCAUGGAGAUGUGAUGAUGACGAUGACUGCUCGGACAACAGCGAUGAGGAGAAUUGCCCAAAAAAGACAUGUGCCACAACAGACUUUGCAUGUAAGAAUGGGCAGUGUGUCCCGGCCCGAUGGAGGUGUGAUGGAGAACCUGAGUGUCCAGAUGGUUCGGAUGAAGCAGACUCCACCUGCAGUCGACAGACAUGUCCACCGGAGAAGUUUGACUGUGGCGGCUCGACAAGCAAAUGCGUGUCAUUGUCAUGGCGCUGCGAUGGUGAACAGGACUGUGAAAAUGGAGCAGAUGAAGAGCAGUGUGCUGCAGAUGCCAAGGCUUGCCCUGCUAAAAUGUUCCAGUGCCGUAACCGCAUGUGCGUGGCUUCCACAUCCAUCUGCGACGGGGAUGAUGACUGCGGCGAUGGCAGCGAUGAGGAGAAGUGCACGGCAGCCACCGCCAGCACCUGCGGGCCGCACGAGUUUCGCUGUAACAACUCGGAGUGUAUUCCAGCGCCAUGGAGCUGCGAUGGAGAGCCCGACUGCAAAGACAAGUCAGAUGAAUCUCUGGAGCGCUGCAGUCGCAGGACAGAGCCUCAAAAAUCCCACUGCCUGGCGGGGGAGUUCCGCUGCAGGAAUGGAGAGUGUAUUCACCUCAACUGGAAAUGUGAUGGAGAUGUAGACUGCAAGGACAAGUCUGAUGAGGCCAACUGUCCUGUGCUGACCUGCCGUCCUGAUGAGUUCCAGUGUGGCGAUGGCUCCUGCAUUCACGGCACUAAACAGUGUAACAAAGUGCACGACUGUCCAGAUUUCAGCGACGAGGCUGGCUGCAUCAACAAAACCACCAAAUGUGAAGGGCCGCUGAAGUUCAUGUGUAAGAGCGGGGAAUGUAUCGAUAGCGGUAAAGUGUGCAACAAUAUCAAGGACUGCAAGGACUGGUCUGACGAGCCUGUGAAGGAGUGCGGUCUGAAUGAAUGUACCAUCAACAAUGGCGGCUGCUCUCACAUAUGUAAGGACCGUCAGAUCGGCUAUGAGUGUGAAUGUCCCUCGGGCUACAAGCUCCUUGACAAGAAGACUUGUGGAGACAUAGACGAAUGCGAGAACCCUGAUGCCUGCAGUCAAAUAUGUGUCAACCUCAAAGGCGACUACAAAUGUGAAUGCUACGAGGGUUACGAGAUGGACCCGGUUACCAAGACGUGUAAAGCAGUGGGUAAAAGCCCAUAUCUUAUGUUUACUAACCGACAUGAGAUUCGGCGCAUUAACCUGUUGAAGAAGGACUAUACGCAGGUAGUGCCAACCCUGAAGAACGCUGUGGCCCUAGAUGUGGACGUGAGCACCAACAAGAUGUACUGGUGUGACCUCUACCAUCGCAAGAUCUUCAGUGCAUACAUCAACAAAGCCAGUGAUGCUUCUCAGCAGAUCACGCUCAUAGACACUGCGCUACAUUCCCCAGAGGGCUUAGCAAUGGACUGGGUCCAUAAGAACAUCUACUGGACCGACUCUGGAGACAAAACUAUCUCAGUCGCAACUAGUGAUGGCAAGAAAAGGAAGGUGUUGAUCGACACAGAGCUUGGGGAACCACGUGCCAUCGCCGUUGACCCAAGACAAGGGUUCAUGUACUGGUCAGAUUGGGGGACGCUGGCCAAGAUCGAGAAAGCCGGAAUGAACGGAGUGGAUCGACAAGUUCUGGUUUCAGAGAGGAUCGAGUGGCCCAAUGGGAUUGCGCUUGAUCUGUCUAGUAGACGCCUCUACUGGGUGGAUUCCAAGCUUCAUCUGAUCUCCAGCGUGGACCUAAAUGGAGACAACCGUAGAGUUUUGCUUUCCUCCAUGGAUCAUCUUGGACAUCCCUUUGCCCUGACUCUUUUUGAGGACCGAGUUUACUGGACAGACUUGGAGGAUGAGGCCAUCUACAGCGUAAACCGGCUGACAGGGCAGGAUGUGGCAAUGCUGGCUAAUGAUCUCAACAACCCACUGGAUGUGGUGGUGUUCCACGAGCUCCGGCAGCCUCAAGCUCCAGACACAUGCAACAUGGGAAGUCUGCCCAAUGGUGGCUGUGAGUACCUGUGCCUCAGAGCUCCUCAGAUCACAGACCACUCGCCCAAGUACACGUGUGCCUGUCCGGACAACAUGGAACUGGGCCCAGACAUGCGCCGAUGUGUGACAGUCAAACCCAAAACAACAACUUCUGCAAGUACAACCACUACUACAACACCAGAACCUUCUACUACUGUGACUCCUACAACCACUACUCCAGCUAUAAACACAGAUAGACCUACAACAAUCAGUACAAUCUCUACAACUACACCUACAGCGACAGGAUCAAGUACAACCACCACCAGUCCCACCACAACCACUCACUCCAGCUCGCAUAGUUCCACCAGCACACACUCCACAGCCACUUCAACUACAGUGACCACUCAGUCCAGCUCUACAGCAGCAGGGAAACGGCCGACCUCCACCCAGACAACAGCAGAUCACAGACAGACGUCUACAACCAUGAGUUGUUACUACAUACACUGCAUUUCUUUUGUUUCCUACCGACAAGCCCGUUUCACAGCCUUUCAAAGGCAGUACCCAAAAACCACACCAUCUAGUCCUCUUAAUCUCCCGGCUCAGACUCCAUUAUCAGACACUAAUUAUGCUGUAGCUAAUGGAGGGCCUCAUGCUAAUUCUGGCAGUGGAAAUGACCACUUUCUCCUUGGUAGCAAUAUAACCGUUGCGGUUCUGGGUAUAGUCAUUCCAAUAGUGGUCAUCGGCCUGAUGUGUACCGGAGGCUACCUGGUGUGGCGCAACUGGAGGAGACGGAACACCAAGAGCAUGAACUUCGACAACCCUGUUUACCGCAAGACCACAGAGGACGACGACGACGAAAUCCACAUCGGCCGCAGCGAGCAGAUCGGCCACGUCUACCCUGCACGCGUGGCGCUCAGUCCGGACGAUGACGAGUUCCCCUGAGGGCGAUUCUUGCACUCGCUCUCUCCUUCUCCUUCUCCAUCCCUGAAUCCGUGCAUCCUUUAGUCCUCCAUCUCUCCUUCCAUCGAGGAGGUUGCACGAGACAAUGCAGCAAGGCGCACAGAGCUAAAAGGACACAAGAGCACUUGCUCUCCACAGCCGAGAGCUACAAACUGGGUUUGUCUUCUCGUAGUGUCUUUUUCAACCCAAAAACCCUCAGUCAGGCAAUAAUCAUUAGUUCUUAAAUUAACUACUAGCAUCAUUCCUGCUCUGUGUCAGUAGUAGUAGGUAGUGUUGUUUAAUGAUGACUAACUUCAUAGCUUGUCACGUUAGUAGUCGCUAACACUCAGUGGCUCUCCUGCUGCACUCGUGCUGUAGUUUUUUAAUUAGAAAUAGCAUUUCAAGCUGGUUUGAGUUGUUCUAUGGCCAUUUUGAUUGUUGGGAGAGAAUUGAGAACAAUCCAUCCUGUGAGCAUGCGAGAUACAUAGACGGAAAAUAUGAAAUAGGAUGGAGAUGGAAUAUGGAAAAUUCCAACAUACUUAACAAAUUCCACCAUGUGGCUGUUAUGGAUUCAUAUAAUCUCACAAACAAAUAAUAUAAUACAAUAAUAUUUACCUGGUAAAUAAAUCAGAAUUGGUACUUCUCUGUCCAUACUUCCAUUACCAAGAGUAGUAUACUUUCAUGUCUUCCAUAGUCACUCCAGUAAGAUUUGACCCUUCUAAAAGAUCUGCAGCCACUAUCUGGAGAUGAAGGCUUUCAUCUCCCAACUUUGAGAGGCAAUAUUUUUUUCCAUUUUUUUUUUUUUUUAUUUCACCAGCACUGGAGCUUCCAUUUUUCUCAAGCUUCUAGGACCAACUAAAUUCUUCCUGCCCAGGCACAUUUAUAACCCCAAAACUUUAGCUCAGGACAUCAGUUUUUCUAUAAUAUUAUCAGUUAUCGCUACAAUCUGUGUGCUUUGUUAUCACAAACACGCUAAUAGAUACGGUAGCCAGGGUUUGAUAAUGACUAAAAUGCUGUUUGUUCAUAUCUACAGUCUAGAUCGCUUCCUCUCAGACAGGCAAAAACACACACACACACGCUUGCACAAACACAAAUUUGUCUUUUCCACCCCUAGAUUUGUCAUGCCUCGGGUAAAACUCUUUAGCAUUUAGCAUGCUGACAACAAGACACCGCCUGCCAUAUUGGGUGGCUUAAUGGCGUGAUAGAUUAGAGUCAUAGAUCAAAGCUUUGCUCCUCUGAACAGUCAUCUGUUCAACGCGUGGCACAGGAAAUGUGGAGUGCCGAAUAUAGGCUUCCUGUACAUAUCAACUCCAACUCUCUCCAUGUGAUGAAUGAGCACUUGGUUAUUUCUAUAUCGCUGUCAGAGGGACACUGACUGAUUGAACGGAUGUAGAAAAAGAAAAAACAGGUUUUGAUCUACCUGGAUAUGCCUGCUGAGAAAAAAAAAUGUUAAAAAAAGCUCAAACCAGCCAAAGUUUUUUUUUUUUUUUUUUUGCUGGUUUUAGAAUAGUCUGAAUUGACUGAAAGGGGUUUGAUAUAUUUUGAACAGUGGUUAUCAACUUUUUAACCUCCUUUGUCCAAGACAAUAAUCAAAGGCCUUCUAAUCCAGACUGAAAUACAUAACCUAAAAAAUAUAUAUAAUUUAAGACUUAUUGGGGGACCCCUGAUAGUUUUCCAUUUGCCCGGGUUGAGAACCACUGGUUUACAGAUCUUAAAGGCCAUCUAAACCGGCUUAAACCAGCAAAAAACCUUAGGCUGGAUUAAGAUUUUCCAGCAUUGAUUAAAAUUUAGCAUCUGGCAGUAUGUCUGUGUACUGGGGUGUGUUGUUAGAUCAGAUGGUUUUACAGAACUAGUCGUGUGAGUUGCCCUUUGUUGGAGACUUCCGAAAGUUCCUGAGACACGUAUGUUUGGUUCUGGCCCGCAUGUGGGUGGUCUCACAUCUGGAGUGGUUCUUUGUUCCUGCCACCUUUGCUCUUCUCUGCUGUGAUGAGGCAUCUUGUGUGCGGCUCUUGUUAAACAUCCCUCCACAUUUCAAAGAAUCCUCCGUUAGGUCACUGUUUGUUUUCCAUUAGGAAGAGAGACAGUGUGGGAGUUUCAAUGCUCAGGCUUUUGUCUGUGAGGACUAAAGAAGCUGCAGUUUGUAGUUGGUUUUCUGAUCAGAUGUGUUUGACAUGAAGACAUGGUUUGGCGAUAACAGGCCUUUUGGCAUCGAUAUUAUAGUUAGUUUGAAUCUUCAUCCCUAACCAUUUCUCACACCAAACUGUGUAUACAGUAUUGAAAGUAUAAUGGAUAAAUUUUCUAGGUUUUUUUUUUUUUAAACUGAAGCAGUAACAUUUUAGAUGCUUCGAAUACUUUCAAAAUAUAUAAGUUCUGAAAAUGUGAAACUUUAGUUUUUGAUUUGAAAAUCUCAGACUAGCAAUACAGGGUAAACAAACUGCUUCAUGUGCUUUUUCAGAACUGUAAUGUCAUAAAUUAUUGUUUGAUCAUUAUCAACGGUUUCUUCAGAUGCGCCUUGCUGGAAAAAAGAACAGCUUAAACCAGCCUUACCUAGUUUGCUGGUCUUAUUAAAUGUGGUUUGCUGGUUUUAGAUGGGUUUUGGGUACUUAUCAUCUGGUUUAGACUGAAAGGCAUACUUGUCAACCAACUAAACCACCUAGACACCAGACUAGGAGACCAACCAAGACCAGAAAAAACAGCCUAAACCGGUUUUAGAUGGUUUUUGGGCACUUGUUAGUUCAUUAGACUGGGGGACCAACAAAGACCAGAAAAAACAGCCUAAACCGGUUUUAGAUGGUUUUUGGGCACUUGUUAGUUCAUUAGACUGGGGGACCAACAAAGACCAGAAAAAACAGCCUAAACUGGUUUUAAAUGUAUUUUGGGUACUUAUCAGCUGGUUUAGAUUGGAAGACAAGCUUGUUGACCAGUUGAACCAACUGAACACCCAACUAAGACCGGAAAAAAAGUUUUAAAUUAGUUUUAAAUGGGUUUUGGGCAUUUGACCGUUUGUUAGGCUCUGAGAUCAGCUUGUUAACAAGCUAAACCAACUAAAAACCAGCAUGGCCAGACUGGAAGACCAAUUAAGACCAGCAAAUAAUCUUAGGUUGGUUCAAUCAGUUUUUUAAUAUUAUUAUUUUUUUAAUCAGAAGGGGUAUCGUGCACAUUUUUUUCCUGACCCCAAACUCAUCGUUAUUAUCAGGUGCUGCUCUAGAGUUGGCUUGAAAAAUGUUUUUAUUGGAAACUUUGUUACAUUGAGCUCUCUAGCUGUCAAGGUUUCUACAAACAGAUCUCCUAGCGUAUUAUAAUUUAGUUUGUGUGGGACACAUAUUCGAUAAACACAUGUACAGUCUGCUCACAGAAGGUUCUAGAAUAGACUUUUAGACCUUGCCUCUCUGUACAGUAGAUAACACACAGUACUUUGUGACCGUUGUCCAUCAUUCCUACUCUAUGCAUAUGUACCGGCGAGACCUGCCUUCCUAUAGCACUGCAGGGACUCGCCACGCUGCUCCUUCACCCCACUCCACUGUGACUAACAUUUGUGUUGUCCAUAACUCCUCAUCACUGUCUACCUGUCAUCCCCAUCAGCCCAACAAGUAGGUCAUUGGUUUUGAAAGGGCUACCAUUCUUUUAAAAUGGACGAUACACAGGAUGAUAAGCUGGAACCUCUCCUGGAACAGUGCUCCUUAGUUUGGUGGACUUGUAGAGCUGAACCGCAGACUCUAAAUGGAUGAGUCGGGUCCUCCACACCCAUAAUAACAUUCCUGUCUGUUCUCUUUGUGACCUUUGGAAAAAAAAAAAAAGACCUCUGUUUUGGUUUCCCCCUAUGAGAUCAUGUUGACAUGAUGUAUAUUACUUGAAGAACUGUUAAUUUUUUGUAUGGUUUGUAGGUGUUAAUUUCAGGAGAGGGGGAGGAAGGAGGGCCUGUCAUUCCUGUCAUUUGAGGAAACAUGCGUCCCGGUUAUUCCAUAGCUGUUUGGAGACAUUUUGUACGCUGUUUGUUGCACAAACUUUUUCAAGAAGCCUUCUGCACUGUGUAAAUGAUUACAUAGGAUGGGGGGAAGGGUGACCAUUGCAGUCCAAUGAGUCGGAGUCAUGAUUUGUAAAUAUGUUUUCAUACAGCAAAACUUUUGAUAAGGUUUUAAACAUUUCUUGUAAAAAGAAGAUGUGUAUAUUAGUCUCCUGGAUGAAAAA